AUGUCUUUGGUCUGGCAUGAACCUAAUCCAUUAUGCAGCCAGGACGACCGACGUCAUGAAACGUCAUACUAUCCCUCUCCUCCGCAGGAUCGCACCUAUACGCUGGCAAGAGGUAAUGACAGUUCUCGUGCGACAGACCGUUAUCACUGGGACUCUAGCCGGAGAGACGCUGGAGAGACUGGGAGUCGAAUGACCAACCCAUCAAAUACUUUCCCUGUUAGGUCGAGAAACUACCCGUACGAAACAGAACGACAGCAGUAUGAGGAACUCGCCCCUGAAAAUCGUAGCAGUACGCAUGGAGAAGCUGCUCGCCGGCGGUACACUUCAUCCACCAGGUCGAGUGACGACCGCUCCAAAACGCGGGCGCCAUAUGACGAGCGACUUAGGGGCGAGGAUCUGACCACCGGUUCUAGACAGUCAAGGACCGUCCAGACAUCGAACGCCAGCUCGACGACGGAUUCUGGAGCGGCAGCAUUUGGACUGAGAGGAGAUAUCUUGGAGUUCGUCAACAUCCCACUGGGAAGGUUUGCUUCAAUGAGGGAUUUCAUUGACAGUCACCCCAAUAUCUUGAGGGCGAACCUCCAAACCCUCUUGGAAGCUGCAUCACGGGCCAAAAGUGCUAAUAAUAUCACUGUGGCAAAGCGUUGUAUACAGCGAAUCGUACUUAUUCGGGCCUGUAAAGACGAAGCCUUGGCACGAGAUCGUUACUUUCAGAAAUUGACUAGGCAAGACUCGAGUGAAUUCAAAAAGUUUCACCAGGCCUGUGACCACCUCGAGGAAAGACUUGAUUCUGAAACUCAACCCCGACAGGAAACUCAAGCUACAAACACUGGAUAUCCUGCUUCUGCCCAAUACUCUUACCAGACCACAAGGCCUCCCACGUCAUUUCCCGCGUCCGCUUCUACGUCCACCCGGCCAUCCCUUGACAGAUAUGAUUCACGCAAUUCGACACAAGCCUUUCGACAACAGCAAGACACAGUCGAUGAUAUGGAAGAUCCGGAAGACCCGGAAGAUCCAGGAUCGAAUGAUAGACUUCCUCAAACGACGGGCACUUUCUAUUCCAUGCGGCCCGAUACCAAUCCCACACAGCGAGAAAGAGGGUUGUCGGUACGGCGAAGGCAGAAUCAGUACCCCCCUACGGCAGACGGUGGAAGAAAUGCGCAGUUUCGUACUGACAACACAGCCGACGCAGAGCCGGGCACAAGCAGGCUGGAUUCCAGAUAUAAACUGCGUACGGGCCGUGAUUGUCGUUCGUUUUUCGUUGCUGGAAGAGUGAUCUCGAUCAUUCAUUAUUCUAGCAUGGGGGCUCAAUCUCCAUCAAGCCAGACGCCCAUACUUGACCAGUAUGGCGACCCUAUUCACAGCGGUCCACGACGAAUGAUCAUCGUUCAACCGCGUCAAGGAUACUCUGUGUGCGUCCCAAUCAGUUCUCAUGGCCGGAGAGGGAUCGGCAGCAAGAAACUUAAUCAGCGUGAACAGCAAGCCCACGCCAUUGUUUAUCCUGAAGGCACAGAAGUCCCAUCUUCCCUAGAUGGCGAGCCGGAAUUUGAAAAACAACCAAUUGCUGUCCGCUUGUGUGGAGAUCAGACACUGAACCAAUUUAGCCGUAUUCAUUUCGGGAAAUACCAUACAGUCGAACAUAACGUCAAAGUUAUGGAUGUUGGCCGUGUAUCCAAGGAAUCGAUGCCUGCCUUUGACGCAUAUUGCAGGCAGGAGCUUCUCAGAGGAUGA